AAGCAUUUACAAAGGAUGAAGAGGUUGUUAUCGAGGCUUUGUGUGAAUUAUCCAAAAUGCUACCUAUAGGUGCACAAACUGCAGAUAAGGAAGAUAGAAAAGCAUUGGACAAUCACCAAAUUUACUUGGCUAGUUGCUCAGAAGGUUCGAAAGUGGAUAAAAAUCUUUUGCAACAAGCCCUGGCUGAUGAAAGUAAGAAUACCUCUUCUUGCUUGGUGAAGCCAUUAGAAGAUGAAAAAAUUGAAGUGCAUGCUCCUUCUGAGCAGUCUACGGCAGUUUGCCAGAAAAAAACUGCUGAUUCUAAUUUGAAUAGAACUCCAGAACUAACUUUGAUUGAAACUGAACACCCAGAGAAUGCUCCUUCCAUAACUUGUAUGAGUAUUUCCAGACGUCCAGGAGUGCUGCAUCGUUGCUGUACUGGAAAUAGAGUGAUACAACCAGCUGAGCAAGUUGAGUGUAACAAUGAAGGAACUCCAUCACAAAUCCAGAAAUCAAGCAGUUCUACAGUUUGGUCUCGUCCUCGGAAUAAUAUCACUGGACUUUCUUCCAAAGUAAUUGAUCUUCCAACUGAGAAGGUUCCUCUUGGUGCAAUCCCAACAUGGAAGAAGUGCGCCAUCCAUGUAUUCAUCGGACAUAAUAUCAAAAGCUAUCAGGAUAAAGAGAGACAAUGCAGACUUUCCUCAGUGUGUGAUGAAUCUAAGCAGGGGGAGAGAAAAUCAUGUGCACUAGCAAACAAUGAGAGAGCUGGGUCACAAAGUGGAUCGAGUGGAAUGGCUUCUGCUGCUAUUUCUCUAGUGGAGAGGAAUAAGCACGAAGGAAGAAAUGGAAUUUUAUGUUAUAGUAGACAGAUGCAAGCCCAGCAAUAUUCUGGUUUACUGGAUGCCAAGCAAAAACCGGUCUGUGACUUUCUUUCGUUGUCAUCCGGAGGUGAUAGUGUCCAUACUGCAGACGGAGCGAAGUUUACUGGGCAGCUUCAUUCUCCCAAUUUGCAUACCCAUGUUCCUCAACAUUCCCUUAUGCCUUUUCCUUUCCAUAGUUAUCCAUAUGCCCUACCUUAUUCAGAAAAGCUACUUCCUGUGGCGACUCAACAGGUGCAACUACAGGCACCACAUUUUAUGGGAAAUCAAUUCUAUAGACCCCAGAUGGAUAGCGCCAUCAGCAAUAUACAGCUUCAACAGCAGUAUCAGCUGCAACUGCUAUGGCAGGCUCAUUAUGCUAACUACCGACCCCCUGCAGGUAUCGGUGUGCCACCGAAUGAGCGGCCACACGACUCUUCUGCUUCUCUUGUCCAAAGUGCUCGGACUUCAAUUCUCUCUCCUCCCCUUUCUGUACAGAUGCAAGGCGAAUCUUAUCACCCAACUUUCCUUCGUCAACAUCGUCAGCUUAUUGCUAAUGCUUCCUCAUCAUCUGCAAAUGUAAAGCCUCACAAGAACCGACAAUUGGGGACCCUGUUAUGAGUGGCUCUCGUGAUAGACACUCUCUUGGUGACAAAUUUAUCCAAUAGGAUGACAUAUCCACUUAUCUUGUUCUUUCGAGGGCGGCCUAGCUGCGGUUUACAAGCACUCUCGAUGACAAAUUUAUCCACUAGGAUGACAUUUCCGACACCUCUGUCUAUAUACUUGGCGAAGCAUAUAGGAAGCGAACUCGUCCUGAUGAUCUGGUUUUCUUUUGCAUUGGUAAAAGAAGGAAGAGCCCUGUGUUCAGUGCUUGGCACUCCAAUUUAGUUAGAUUUGUGUGUUUCGCUGCACUUCGUGACGUGGGCUAGUAAUAUGGUGCAGUGAUGCUCAAGUCUAAUUAAAUCAGAUAUUUGGUAAAUAUGUUAAAAAGUUGUGAUAUUUGUAGCGACAUCUAUGGGUAAUGCAAUGAUAGUUACAAUAGUAAGAGUUUUUGGGAUAUAUUCAA